GUUAGCUGGCACAGCUUACAUCAACUGUACGCUCUUGUCAAACUAGCCUUGAAGGCCCGACCCUACUUACAGCGCUUCGCACGCCGGAUUUGAUAUGUCACCUACCAUUUUUACUGCUACAUGAUGUAGGGAUUCACGGGAUUCGCAACCUUUAGGCAGAACUGGUUCCCGCCAUCCGCUCCCGCAGCACCACAGCCCUGUCUGCGCACGCAUCUAGCUAGCGCAAAUGCAAGAGGAGGGAUCUGAGCAUGUUGGCAGCGGCUCGGAGAUGGGCGACGUCGUGGUGCAGCCCAGCUCGUUCACCAUGUUGCACGAGAAGGCCCUCAGCCAGCAGGUGGUGCUGGGCUGCUGGUGCCCCACCAUGGACCUGUUGGCGCUGGUGGCGGAGGACGGGCAGCUUGCCGUGCACCGCCUGGAGUGGCAGAAGCUGUGGGUGGCGGUGCCGGAGGCGCCCAUCACCGCCCUGUGCUGGAGACCGGACGGCAAGGUGCUGGCCACCGGCCACCGCCACGGCGGCGUGUGCCUGUACGCCGUGGAGGCGUGUGAGCUGUUCCGCACCCUCCGGCACGGCGGCGCCGCCCCCGGCCUUCCCACCGCGCCCAUCGUGCACCUGAGCUGGGUACAGGGCGUUCCCCCGCACCCCGCCACCGCCUCCCCCAGCCUACACCUCGCCUACCGCUACCGACACACGCGCUUCUUUCCCGCGCCGCCGCCCGGCGCCGCCGCCGCCGGCGGCGGCGGCGGCGGCGCAGCCAAGCCUGCCCCCGGCGCCGCCGGAGGCAGCGGCGGCGGCGGAGCCGCCGCGGCGGUGUUUGAGUGGCCUGCACCUCCGGACUCGUUGGAUGUGUUGGUGACGUCGGACGCCGGCGGCGGGAUAUCCAUGGCCGCGUGCGGGGAGGUGCUGGUGGCGGCGCUGCCGCCGCGCGACGCCGCCGCCGCCGCCGCCGCUGCCGCCGCCGCCGCCACUGCGGCGCCGCCCCAUGCAGGGGACGUCGGCGGACCAGGAGCGCCUGCGGCAACAUUGCCUGCAUCACUGGCGUCAGCGAGGGGCGAGGUGGCCGGGCUGUUGCAGUCGGUGCUGUCUCGGGAUCUCAGCACGCUCGUAGUGCUGUCACAGCCGUCAGCGGUGGCGGCGGGGCACGGCGGCGGCAGCGGCGGCAGCACUGGCGGCGCGCCGGCGUCAGCGGCGCCAGUGGCGUCCGCAGUUGAGACCAGCCUGAGCAUCUACAGCUGCGGCAAGCUGGGAAGCUGCCAGGCCGAGAUUCUGGAGCUGUCGCUUCUGGGCGGCCUGGUGGCGGGCCGGCUGGAGGCGGCGGCGGCGGCGCUGGCGGCGGCGGCGCGGGCGUGGAAGGGCGCGCGGGACGAGCUGGGGAAGCGGCUGGACGAGCAACUGAAGGAGCAGUUGGAGGGGCACGGACACGACACCGAGGACGUGGCGGGGGAGCUCACGUGCAUGCUGGCCUCGGGCCACGUGAGUCCGCCGCUGCAGGCCUUCCUGACCAACACGCUCACGGAGCCGGGGCUGAGGCGACUCGCCAAGACAGUGGACUCGGCUGUGCAGGAGGUGUGCUCGCAGCUGCUGGACGGGGUGCUGCCGGCGCUGACGCUGGUGGCCUUCGUGGCGGGGGAGCUGCGCGGGCGGGCGGCGGCAGCGCGCAUCACACAGACACUGGGGCUGCAGGAGCGCGCUGUGGCGGUGGUGGAGGUGGAGGCCGCCAAGGCGCUGCUGCAGGCGGAGGCGCUGCGGGGGCUGGUGGGGGCGGUGGGGGGACAGUACCGGGCCUUUUUCACGUGGCUGCUCAAGACACUGCAGGGACUGGAGGAGGCGCGGCCCGAGGGCGAGGAGGCCGCGCUGCCCGGGGCCGGCGGCAGCAACGGCUCUCUGGCGGCGGUGGGCGUGGACGUGGCGACAGUGCUGGCGUUCCUGGCUGAGGGCGGGCAGCUGGCGGAGGACGCCGUAGCCAGAGACCUGGACGCGUCGCAGAACACGCUGGGCCUGCCAGUGGGCAGUCUGCGCUAUCCGCCUGAGUUGGCGCCGCACCUGCAGGCGCUGCAGCAGGCAGCAUUUCCCCUGCCGCCUCCAGAGGAGGCAGAAGAUGCGGAGCAGCAGCAGCAACAGGGCCAGGGCGCAGACGGUGGCGAUGGCGGCGGUGGUGGAGGUGGAGGCGGCGGUGCUACAGCAUCCGGCGCCGGCAGUAGCAGCUGGCCGGACCGGCCGCUACAGCGGCAGUUGGCGCUGCUGGGGGAGCUGUGCCGCGGCGCCUUCGGGCGGCUUCAGCGGGACGUGUCGCCUUCGGUGCAGCUGCUUGUGCGGAUACCUCUGGUGCCGCAGCCGGCGCCGCAGGUGGGCCCGCGGCCGCCCCUGCUGCUGCCCGCGGCGCUGUCGGCGGCAGCCUUGCCGGCAGCCGCAGCCACGGCGUCCGCGCCCGCCUGCUGCUGCCUGCAGCUGCCGCAGAUCCGCACGGAGCCGCACAGCGGCGCCCCCGCGCUGGUGGCGGCGGUGCUGCCCGGCUGUGGUGGAGGCGUCGGCAGUGGCAGCAGUGGUGGUGGGAGCGUGCUGCUCUUGAUGCGGCUGGCGCUGACGACUGGUGGCGGCGGCGGCUUGGGGCAAUGCAAGCCGCUGCAGGCGCAGGCCUGCCUGCUGGCCCUGCCCGCGGGGCUGCGGGUGCUGGGCAUGUCGUACUACCGCACCGCCCAGCUGGCACUGCUGUUGGGACCCGAGGAGGGCGGGGCCGGCGGCAGCUGGCAGCAGCAACACGGCGGUGGUGGUGGGGAGGGCGGCGACGAGUCAGAGGAGGGGCGGGAGGCGGGGCCGCGGCGGUGCGCGGAGGCAGGUGCGGGGCUCCUGGCGCUGGUGCCGACGGAGGGCAUGGCUAUGACGGAGGUGGGCGGCAGUGUCCACAUGGCAGCGGCGGCGGCGGCGGCGGCGGAGGCUGCGGCCGUGGCCGCGGCAUGUGGCAGCGGUGAUGCAGCGGCGCUGGCUGCCAGCAGCGGCAUUGCGCAGUUGUGCGUGCGGCGCGGCGCGGUGGCGACAUGGCCAGUGGCCGGGACACGCCUGCGCCGCGCGCCCACCGGCCCUGCCGCCAGCAGUGACAGCGGCGCAGCAGCAACCAGAGCAGCCGCUGCCGGCGGCGGCGCCCACGGCGGCGGCUGUGGCGGCUGGGUUGCGCCACUGCUCGUGAGCGGGCCUCGUGGUCUGGCGGCUGCGUUCACGGACGCGUGUCGGUCGUACAUGAUUGAUUUGGAAGAAGAUGAGGACGCUGAGGAGGAACAGGAGGAGAUGGGUGUUGAUGGGCAAGUGGGGGAGGGCGGUGAGGUGGAGGAGGAGGACGCGGGCGGCGUGGAGGACAUGGAGGAGGAUGGGUGAGGCGAACGCACUGCAGCAGGAUGCAUCAGCAAGACACGGCAUAGAGGUAGGAGGGAUGGUCAUAGACCUGGUGAGAUGCAGUUGCGACGUUCCCAGGCUGGGGAGAGUGCAGUCGGCGCCGCACGCCGUCUGCUGCAGCUAGGUUUACCCUUGGCUCCAGGCUUCUCGCCACGUGUUGCUGUCUGCGCUGCUGUCUUCAAUCUACUGUCUACAGCAUCCUUGAGUGGCACUGUGCCUGUGUCUAGGAGCCCCCCCAAACGCUUCAAACUAGGCGGUGUUUGCCCCUGGGCAGUGGGGCACGUGGGACGCGGACCGGCGGGAGUGCCAAUUGCAACGACCCGUGCCAGUGAGCGAGUGUGCCAUAUUAUAAACAAACUC